CUUCCUUCAAAAGAAAGACGAAAUAUAAAAGGAGUAAAGAUCAAUUCCAGAGCUACGUUCAGUCCAAAAAAAAAAUGACUAAGGAAGAGACUGAAUCUCAGAUGAAGAAAAACCUUGAAGCUCAAAUGGCGAGGAAUGAGAUGCUGGAGAAGGAAAACCAAGAACUCAGACAAGAAGUGAAUCGUUUGAAGACACAGAUAGCUUCACUCAAAGCACACAACAUCGAGAGAAAGAGCAUACUCUGGAAGAAGAUACAGAACUCCAUGGAUGGCAAUAAUAAUUCGGAUGCGAGUCAUGAGAAUGAGAUUUUGCCUACGAAGCAUCCAGAUUUGUCGGAAUCAGCACCCAAAAAGGAAUUUAGAGCAGUAAAAGUGCCCGUUCCUCCUCCAAAGCCAGCUUCUACCACUCUCACUUCCAGCAAGGAUGAGAAGGUGAUGAACGGGUCGGCGAUAAUGGCACCGCCGCCCCCUCCGGCACCACCAAAAUCGUUGCUUGGCUUGAAAGCGGUGCGUCGCGUGCCGGAAGUGAUUGAAUUGUAUCGUUCCCUGACAAGAAAGGACGCAAAUAUGGAGAACAGGGGAAAUCCCAAUGGCGUCAUGGCAGUUGCGUUUACCAGAAACAUGAUUGAGGAAAUUGAAAACCGCUCAACUUUUCUCUCAGCAAUAAAAUCAGAUGUUCAGAAGCAAGGAGAAUUCGUCAAUUUCUUGAUAAAAGAAGUAGAGUCAGCGUCAUUCGCGGGCAUUAGCGAGGUAGAGAGGUUUGUGAAGUGGCUGGACGGAGAAUUAUCAUCGUUGGUGGACGAACGAUCGGUGUUGAAGCAUUUUCCCCAGUGGCCAGAGAAGAAAGCAGACGCACUUCGGGAAGCUGCUUGUAGCUACCGAGAUCUGAAAAGCCUGGCAUCAGAGGUAUCGUCGUUCGAGGACAAUCCAAGAGAGGCGGUGGGGCAGGCGUUGAAGAGGAUGCAAGCACUGCAAGACAGAUUGGAGAGAAGCGUGAGCAGUGUGGAGAGGACGAGGGAGAGUACUUGUAAGCGGUACAGAAAUUUUCACAUUCCUUGGGAAUGGAUGUUGGACACAGGCCUUAUCGGUCAGAUGAAGGUGAGCUCAUUGAGGGUGGCAAAGGAAUGCAUGAAACGGGUGACAAAGGAAUUGGUGUAUAGCGAAGCCUUGCAGGAAGACAACCUGCUGCUUCAAGGGGUCAAGUUUGCCUUCAGAGUGCAUCAGAUGAAUCAGUUUGCAGGUGGGUUUGAUGCAGAGGCGACACAAGUAUUUCGGGAACUGAAGAAGAUUGCAACCGCUAGUAAUACCAAAUUAUAGCAAACACCUUAUCCAAUAGCCCGCGCUUGUUUGCGUGUCUUGAAUUCUCCUCUCACAAAUACUGUUUGAUGCUCACCCAUCAUCACCAAAACUUGCAAACAGCGAUAUUUGUAUAUGAUUCACUAUUUAUAUUUAUGAAACUUCACUCUUGUUUUGCGUCA